AGAGUUCGGUGGCGUCGGUGCUGCUGCGGUAAACAGAACCACGCACGCCAGGUUUGACCGUGUUCAGGUUCGGCUGAAGUUCGGACCGGUUUCCUUUAAGCAUCUGGACCUUAACGAGGCUGAACCAGCAGAACUCGGAGCAGAACUCGGUCCAAACAGGUUCGGGAGGAUCAGAGACGCUUGGCGGCGGCUGCAUGGGGAUCUGGACUUGAUGCAUGUCUCUGUUGCAUGACUGCAGCGAGUCUUGUUGUGGGACUGAGAGCGCACGGCGUCUACCAUGGCCCAGACCGUGCACGUGAACGGCAGCGAACCAGAACGAGCCCAAACAUGCCCGAACACUGGUGAUAAGGACUCCUACUAUGUUGAAACUCCUUAUGGUUUCCAGUUAGACCUGGAUUUCCUGAAAUAUGUCGAUGACAUUGAAAGAGGAAACACCAUCAGGAAGCUGAGUAUCACAAAAAAGCCCAAAGUGGCCAAACCUCAAGGUGGUAUCUGUGAAGUUGGCAGCCGGCCUGAAUGGACCUCCACAGACUCGCUGUCCUCAUCCAACAGCGACGGCAAACAGUCCCCGGUCUUCUUCACCUCUAGGCCUCCAGAUGCUCCUCUCCUGACCCCCACCCUCUCCAAGACGACCUGUGAACUGCCCCCACAUCAGUCCUUCUUGGGUGUUUCAAAGCAGAAGCAGCAGCUUCCACCUCCUUCACCAAAGUUGGCCUCGUGCCACAACCCCCUGGUGGAGAAGACCCUGAUGGAGACUCGGCGCCGUCUUGAACAGGAGCGACUCCUCAUGCAGCCACAAAGUGAACCGCUGAUGCCCCGGCGUCGCCUCGCCAGCUUUGGUGGAAUGGGCUCCAGCAGCUCGUUGUCAUCUUACUCUGGUUCUGUUGGCCCGAGCCAGGUCUCCCCCAAUCCCCACCAGCAACUGCCAAUCAACAGCCUGUCUAACGGAGAGUAUAACCAUUACUACCCCCCAUCGAUGGGCAGCUCCAUUCGCCACAGCCCCAUGAGCUCCGGCGUGGCGACCCCAGUGACCAAUGUCAGCCCGCUGCAGCUGCAACAGAUCCGAGAGCAGAUGGUGGUGGCUCUGAAGAGGCUGAAGGAGCUGGAGGAGCAGGUGAAAACCAUUCCUAUCCUUCAGGUCAAGAUUGCAGUCCUCCAGGAAGAGAAACGGCAGCUGGCUGCUCAGUCCAAAAAUCAAGGCUUCCGGAAACGCUCGUACAGCGUAGGCAGCGCCAACCAGAUGGAGAACCCUGGUUCUAUCCAAAAGGAAACCGAGCUUAAGAUUGUUGAGCCAGAAAUCCAGGAGCAAAGCUCUCAGCAGCUGGAUGAGUUCAGACGUCUGGCUGCUGAGGUCCAAGCUCUCGAGAAGACCUCCAAGGAGAAUAAUGAAAACCUCCUGCAGAGCCAAGCUCUCCAAAGAACCAUCGGUGUUGUGACAGAUGAAAACAUGAACAGUGUCUUCUCUCAGAAGAAGCGGCAAACAGAGCCCAGGUUAAAGGAUGUAGGGGUGUUGACGGACCGGCUGGAGGUCCGGAGUGUGGCAGUUGUUGUGACCGAGACCAUGCUGGGUGUGACCAGUGAGGCUGAGAAAGAGGUCGAGCUCCAGCAGCAGACCAUCGAAGCCCUCAAAGAGAAAAUCUACCGGCUGGAGGUGCAGCUGAAAGAAACCACUCACGAGAUGGAAAUGGGGAAACUAAAACUGGAGCUCCACACAGCAGGGGGGUCCAGCAGGAAGAGGGCAGACAAAGGUCUGAUGGUCAGGCCAGAGACAUACCACGCCUGCGUGGAGGCCAGAGUCCAGGUGCGCCAUCAGGGCGUGGGCGACCACGUGGAGUUCAGCCACAUCGGCACAGAUCAAACUCUACAGACCAACACUGUGGGUGUGUCCUGUCGGCCCAGCGUGCGGAGCGUUUCCAUGGGACCAGACCUCCCAAUGGACCGGUGGGUGGUGCGGGAGCGUGUGGAAGUCCAGGACCAAUGUGUGGGGCGGCGGGUGGAGGUGUGCCACCAGCAGGUUGGCGUGGAGCUGAGUGUUUCAGAAACAGGCGUUAACACAGAUGAGACUGUGGACAGUUUGAACCUCCGUAGAGACGAGUUGCAGCAGAACAAAGAGUCCCGGUCAGUUGGCUGCGGAGACUGUUCUGUGGACGUGAUUGUCAGUCCGGUCAAGGUGCUGGUGUCACAAGGAACUGACCCAGAUUUUGUCCCUAAGGUGGACUCAGGAAUUCUGGCUGUUCCUGAAUCAGCGACGCAGCAGACCGGUACCGAUGUGGACGUAACGAGCUGUUCCACCAACACACAGACGGCCGAGUUAACGGACUCGUUCACCAACAUGGAGCUGAUGAUCUGCGAUAAACAAACCAACACGGCAGCACCGGAAACCAGAACCGUCGCUGCAGGAGAUGGACUUGUUAAAGACAACCCCACAACAGCCAAAACCCGUUCAGUGGCCGUGGGAACCAUCACAGAUCUGGGGUCGCUUCUUGGCAUAUCCAGUUCAACUAGAACCAAAGAGUGUGGGGUGGGUCCACUCAGCAUCCACGACAACUCCCUGAUUGGCCUCAAAACACGAAACAUCGCGUGCGGUCCUUCCCAGGCGGCUGAAUCUGUGCUCGGCAGAGAGCCGAAGACUGCAUCUGCGCCACUGCAGCCUGAAGGUGGCGCCGGACUGGACCAUUACAUCGAGAGGGUCCAGAAGUUGCUGCAGGAGCAACAGAUGCUGCUGGCGGAGAACUACAGCGAGCUGGCCGAGGCUUUCGGACAACCUCAGAGCCAGUUCGGCUCCAUCAACAGUCAGCUGGUCAGCACACUGUCCUCCAUCAACUCUGUGAUGAAGUACGGGAGCGCCGAGGACAUCCUGGAGCUGAGCUCGGACUCCUGCAGAGCGAGUGUUCAGCAGGUCCAGGUGUCGGGCGCCGGAACCGAGCGCGCUCAGGCUGACCGGACCUCAUCGCACCUGAACCCGGCAGAAAAUCCUGAACUCACAGCUGAGCAGAAGAGUCGCAUGGACCUGCAGAUGUCUACAGCACUACAUGGAGAGGCGUGCAGCCAGAACCCCUUGAAGUCCAUCAUGAAGAAGAAGGAUGGACAAGCCGACCCAAACGGCACCAAGAAGAACCUGCAGUUUGUUGGAGUGAACGGAGGAUAUGAAACUACAUCCAGUGACGACUCCAGCUCGGAGGACAGCAGCUCCUCAGAGGACGAGGACGACGAGAAGGACGAGGACGAGUAUGGGGACGAAGGAGGAAGGAGUGACGGGGAGGAGUUCCAAAACAAAGGAGCAGAGGAGGUGAAGGAUGACGAGGAGAGGUUAAAGGAUAAGAGGGAGAGGUUCCAGCUGAGCGACAAGAUGUUGUCUGCUUGCAACGUUCUCCUCACGUCCCUCAGCGACUCCAAGGCUGUGAGCGGCAAAGAUCUGAGAGCGUGUCUCAAUACGGUGCAGCACGAGUGGUUCCGAGCCUCCAGCCAGAAGGCGGCGUCUGCGUCGAUGGUGGAGGACUACCUGGUGGCGUUUGAGGCCGUCUCGCCGGCCGUGCUGCGCCACAUCGCCAACAUGGCCGACGGUAACGGCAACACGGCGCUGCAUUACAGUGUUUCGCACUCCAACUUCCAGGUGGUGAAACAGCUGCUGGAUGCAGACGUGUGCAAUGUGAACCAGCAGAAUAAAGCGGGGUACACUCCCAUCAUGCUCGCUGCUCUGGCGGCCGUGGAGACGACGAAGGACAUGAGCAUCGUGGAGGAGCUCUUCAGUAAGGGGGACGUGAACGCUCGAGCCAGUCAGGCCGGUCAGACGGGUCUCAUGCUGGCUGUCAGCCACGGCAGGAUGGACAUGGUCCGGGCCCUGCUGGCCCACAGCGCCGACGUCAACAUCCAGGACGACGAAGGCUCCACGGCCCUGAUGUGCGCCAGUGAACACGGCCACGUGGAGAUCGUCAAACUUCUGCUGGCCCAACCGGGCUGCGACGCCACGCUCAGCGACGGCGAUGGGAGUAACGCUCUGUCCAUCGCUCUGGAAGCAGGACACAAAGACAUCGCCGUGCUGCUUUAUGCGCACGUGAACUUCUCCAAAGCCCAGUCACCGGGAACGCCUCGGCUCAGCAGGAAAACCUCCCCCAGCCCGACCCGGCGAGGCAUCUUUGAUUAGACUCCGCCCCCUCAGCUGAUGAACGCUGCGCUGCUAUUGGCUCUCACUGAACGAAGCCUCCCGUCACUGGAUCAGAACCUUAAUCCCACCAAUCAUCCAUUCACAUGUUAUAGUUAUAUUUUUAUAAGUUCUGGAUCCAACUGCUGCCACCGCGAGCCCAAAGUGUCCUUGUAUGAAUGUGACCACCAGGUGCCUGAACCGCUCCAGGUUCUGCCCCCCCCCCCCCACUUUUGUUGUUGUUUAUGCCUGUGUCAAUCAUUUAGGAGUAACCAAAACUAUUUUUACCAUCAAAUGUACACACACACACAGAGAGAGGAAGUAUUUUGUGUACAAACGGUUGUUUGUCCAGUUUGGAUGAGACGUGCGAGGAGGAUCUGGACUUUUCUCUAAACCUUUUGUAAUCUAUUUAAAAAGACGAAGCCAGUAUUUUAAUAGUUGCUCCAGUCCAUGAAGUGUGUAUUUAUCAGAGUUUAGUCUGAAUGCAGGUGUGUAUUUGUACAUACGGAGGUUGUUGUUCUUCACCGGUUUGUGUUCAAUGUUGGCUAAGAUCUCAUCUAACGAUUCGUAU